UGCGUAAAUAACAGAGAAGCUGACAUUCUUAUUAUUUUUUUUUUUCGGUUUUAAUCGCGACCGUGAAAACUUUUCCAUUCGUAAAAAUUCGAUGUCGGUAGCGCUUCUACGCAUUUAAAAAAAACAAUUUGGCAGUUUUGAUUUCUUGAUAAAAAGAAAAGACUUCUUUAUCAUAAGGACCGACCUAUUCCAAAAUAAUUUCAUUAUUCUAUCAAUGAUAAAGAAAUCGAUUUUAAUAAUUUUUUCAGCGAGUAUCCGACGCGACGCGCUAUCUACAUUACAUCUUUCGCGACCGUUUCUCGCACGAAAUUCGCAAGUAAGCAGACGAAGCUUGUCUUGGUAACUUCUGCGUGUUCACGGGUUGGAUUCGAGUUUUUCGCUAGUAAUCGCCUCUCGUCGUAAACAUAACCUUGCGUGCUGCCUAAAUAUUUGACUGUUUCGCUCCAAGUGCAUCUUGAAUUUUCUCCGUCAAUAUUUUCAAUUGAACGAAAAAUAAAAUCUCAUCAAGAUGCCAGACCAUCUCGGGGAUGAUAUGCGUAAAGUUAAGAACGAGGAGGAGAAAGAAGAAAAAGAAAUCAAACCUCUCGACGAAGGUGAUAUAGCUUUACUUAAAACAUACGGGCAAGGGCAAUACACAAAGCCCAUUAAAGCUGUUGAAGAAGAUAUUCAAACCAUUAUCAAGCAGGUUAACGAGCUCACUGGUAUUAAAGAAUCUGACACAGGUCUUGCGCCUCCUGCUCUGUGGGAUUUAGCUGCGGAUAAGCAGACCCUACAAAAUGAGCAACCUUUACAAGUUGCUCGGUGUACAAAAAUCAUCAAUGCUGACACUGAUGAUCCCAAGUAUAUUAUUAAUGUCAAACAGUUUGCCAAAUUUGUGGUUGAUCUGGCAGACUCUGUCGCCCCUACAGAUAUUGAAGAAGGUAUGAGAGUUGGUGUGGAUCGCAACAAGUAUCAAAUUCAUAUACCUCUACCUCCCAAAAUCGAUCCCACUGUAACAAUGAUGCAGGUAGAAGAAAAGCCUGACGUUACGUAUAGUGAUGUUGGAGGUUGCAAGGAGCAAAUUGAAAAGUUGAGAGAAGUUGUAGAAACUCCUUUACUUCACCCAGAAAAGUUUGUUAAUUUGGGUAUUGAGCCACCAAAAGGAGUGUUGUUAUUCGGUCCUCCUGGCACUGGUAAAACUCUUUGUGCAAGAGCAGUUGCUAAUAGAACAGAUGCCUGCUUUAUUCGUGUAAUUGGUUCAGAGUUAGUUCAAAAGUAUGUUGGAGAGGGUGCAAGGAUGGUGAGAGAACUUUUUGAAAUGGCAAGAAGUAAAAAAGCUUGCCUUAUUUUCUUUGAUGAAAUUGAUGCUAUUGGUGGGGCUAGGUUUGACGACGGUGCUGGUGGUGAUAAUGAAGUACAAAGAACUAUGCUUGAAUUAAUUAAUCAGCUAGAUGGAUUCGAUCCACGAGGAAACAUUAAAGUUCUUAUGGCAACGAAUCGUCCAGACACUCUUGACCCGGCUCUAAUGAGACCCGGACGUUUAGAUCGUAAAAUCGAAUUCGGUUUGCCAGACCUGGAAGGUCGUACACAUAUUUUCAAGAUUCACGCGCGCCCGAUGAGCAUCGAACGCGACAUUCGUUUCGAGCUGCUCGCCCGUCUCUGCCCGAAUAGCACGGGCGCGGAAAUUCAUUCGGUUUGUACAGAAGCUGGUAUGUUUGCCAUCAGGGCUAGGCGCAAGGUCGCCACCGAGAAAGACUUCCUCGAGGCAGUUACUAAAGUUAUCAAAUCUUACGCCAAGUUCUCGGCCACACCCAAGUACAUGGCUUACAAUUAAAAUUUUGAAUGAAAAAAAAACAAACAAACUUAAGUUUAAGAACGAAGUUAAUAAUUAUUUUUAAUUAUUAUAAUACAUAAAAUAUUGUAAUAACAUUUAUUCGAGAUAUUACAGAUGAUGAUUUUUAAGGAACAA